AUGGCCCUGCACUCAGAAGACAACAGCUCAGCCUGUCAGUCAACCAUGUUCCAUUCAGGAGGAGAUCUGAGCAGUGGAUUUUUAUGGCCACCAACAUCAAGCCCCGGAACUGCUUGGGUCAGUUUCUCCACACAUCUUCAGAAGUCGCCCCUCCAUGAAUACCAUGGGUCUCUCUUUCCAAAGGAAAAUUUAGAAAAAAGAGUUGGGCAGUGGAGUCCAUCAGCAAAGGCAGACAAGCAUGGCAUCAUCUACCCAUCGACAAAGGAAAGGAUGAGUUCUAAGCUGGAGCUGACUGAAGAACAGAAACAGGAAACCCAGGAAGCUUUUGAUCUCUUUGAUGCUGAUGGAAUUGGGACCAUAGAUGUUAAGGAACUUAAAAUGGCAAUGAGGGCACUGGGCUUGGAACCCCAGAAAGAAGAGAUCAAGAAAAUGAUAAGAGAGAAAAUGAUAAGUGAAAUCGAUAGGGAAUGGACAGGAAAAAUGAACUUUAGUGACUUUUUGACUGUGAUGACUCAGAAAAUAUCUGAGAAAGAUACCAAAGAAGAAAUUCUGAAAACUUUUAAGCUCUUCAAUGAUGAUGAAACUGGGAAGAUAAGAUUCAAAAAUCUAAAGCACGUGGCCAAGGAGUCGAGUGAGAACCUCACUGAUGAGAAGCUGCAGAAAAUGAUCGAUGAAGCUGAUCACAAUGGAGAUAGAGAAGUCAAUGAGAAGUUCCUGCACAUCAUGAAUAAGACCAGUCUUUACUUAGAUCAGCCUCUUCUUUUCAUAAUUGUGUGA